AGAAAAUGAAUAUAUUCCUUAUGCUAUUAAAUCGUUACAAUGAAAAUUUUACAAAAAAAUCAUAAUAAACCUACCUCGAUAUUUUCAUCCAAUGAUGAACCUACUAAUCUCUGAAACGUUAAAGAAACUAACUUCAUAUUCGAUUUUUUAUUUUGAUUUACCAAAAUUGUUCUGCUUUACAAUUUUGAACCUAUAUAUAUCAAUGUCCUGGAUACCACAAUUACCAUAGAUUACAUAAUUCGAAAGCAAUUCACGUCUUGUAUUAUAUUAAAUAUUAACACCAAGAAACCAACAUUUCAAAUUCCAAAAUUUCUCAUUUAUUCGUUGCUUUUACUGCUCAUACCAAAACAUAAUGCAACAUCAUUUACUAAAUUAAUCAAUUUUUACAUUUUUAAUUUAAUUUUAUCUUUUAUUUUUCUUUUUUAAGUGCAACGAAUCAAAGAAUUUAAUUCUUUUAUAGAUAUUUGUUUCGUUUUGUAAUACUUUAAAAAUAAAUUGGUUGGCAACCCUAAUCAAAAUUCCACAAGUUACGCAAACAUAUGUUUUAUCUAUCUUCACUUGUAAAACCAAUUUUCUGAAAUUUUACUAAAAAGAAUUUUACGUUUACUUACCUUUCCAUUUAUAUACACAAUGUAUUUCUUAAUAUAAAAAAAUUUUUAUACUUACGAUGUAUUUAUGAAACGGCUAAUUUUUGCUAAUUACAUUUUUAAGGUAUAAAUGUUAAAAUCUCAUCACUUGUGCUGUUGCUUUACGUCUCUACACUUUUCUUAUGUAAACCAUAUUGUACACGACGUCAUAAAAAUAUAUAUGUAAGUAUAUAUACGCUUUGUAGCUUCAUUUAUACGUACCCUCUGCCCCUCUGCUAAAUAGAUAGCAAACAGUCAAAGCGAUCAAACCGACUACGCAGUACAAGGGUAACAAAGCAACUAUUAGAAUUUAAACGAAACUCACCCGUAUUUAAGCAUUUACUUGAAGGCCGAUAACACGAAGUGAUAUUCACGGCGAAUUCAUUUAUCUAUUUUGCUUUCGCCUUGAGUGCGAUUCACUUUUGCUUACGCACGUUGACGUUCAUGUUGCUGUCUCAGUCUCAGUCCUAAGUCCAUAUGUACCUAGAGUUACGCGACGAGUAAAACUAAAAAUGCUUGACAACAUCAUUGCCUCAGUAAAACGGUUUAGUUGAUUUUCGUUAUUCUUACUGAACUACUAAAACGUGAAUCACAAAAAGUUAUUAUUUUUUAUUGCAGUUAUAUAAAAAAAAGGUUAUUAAAUCAUCGUUAGCAAAAAAAAAACCAACUGCAGCGAGAAAGGAAAUAUGUUAAAGCAAAGCAAUUUUUUAGUCUUGCUAAAUUUAUUAAUGUAUCAUGCAAAUAAAACUUGUUAGAUUACAUAGCUACACAAGGAUUUUUUUGGUUUUAUAAUUUUCCUUUACUUUUUAUAAUUAAUGCUUACGCACAUAUGUGCCUAUGACCCAAGUGCACACUGUUCAAUACUCAAAAAAAAUAUACAUAUUGAAAUUAAAGGGAAAUUUUAUAAUACGAGGUUGAUCUAAGCUUUUCACUAACGAAACAAUGACCGAAAUGCAGUAUGAAGCAAAAUUUAAGGAAAUGCAAAAGUACUUACCCUUUUUGGAGAAGGUCAUCAGUAAAUUAAAACUUAGUAAUGAUGAGCAGCCGGAUAAUCCUCGUAAAGCACAAUUGCAAAAAAUGGAAAUGUUGCUUGAUUUAUUAACAAACAAAGGGAAAAGCCUAAAAUUAGAGACUUUGCUAAAAUGUGAAAAUAUUUUAAUGAAAUUACAUUCAAAAAUUGAAAAGACACGUACAUUGCAGUCUGACGAAUCUAUCAUCUCGGAUAAGCUAAGAGGUAACCAGCAAGAUGUGUAUGAUUUGACUGGACCUGAAAGUCCACCGCCACCAGAACAAAAUGCUUCAGAAGAGCAUACACAACCUGUAGAAAUACCUACUGAAAGACGUUGCUCUCCUCUAUUAAUUAAAGAGAGAAAAUCUCAUCACUACAAUCAUCACCACAGUGAUCAACACCAACGUUUAAGCAUGCAUGCAAAACCUUGUAGUUCUCAGUCUCAGCGUCAUAAUUACUAUAAUCGUCAAGAUCAAGAUCAUCGUUACAAUUUUCAAGAACGAGCGCAGACGAAAAGUAGUCUACAUCACUCACCAUCAAUAUCGCAAGCCCAAAGAGAGUCCAAUCAGCACCAGCAUGAUAAACAUCGUCAUAGGAAUAUCGAUGAAUCUGCUAAAAUAUCAUCGCGUUCUUCACAAUUUCAAACAAAGUCAGUCGAUGAACAAUAUGUACAAAAAGUGAAAGUCGUCAUAACUGAAUCGUCACCGCCCGAUGAUCAUCGGCAAGAUUCGAAGACUUGUCUUAAACUACCUCAAGACGCUGCCGAGCCUAUACAAAAAGUUAAAGUGGUUAUAACCGAACCGCCAUCGUCUGAAGUAACUCGACAACACUUCCCUUCAUUACCCUCUUUUAAUAAAGCGGCUCGUUUUACUACGAAUAAUAAUAUUGAUGUCCUAGAACAUUGUCGUAAUUCUGCGAAUUUGCAAAAAUCUGAUAACGCUGUAGAAGAUAAUGAAGCUUAUUCUCCGAGGGAAUCAUGGGAUGAAUAUUCUAGAAAAACCGAUAAUAUAAAGACACAAAAUACUCAUUGCGAAUUACCUCAGAGUGUUCAGAAAUUGGUAUUUUCUCGUUUAGGAAAUAAAAUUGAAAAUGAAAAGCCUGCUGAAUUAAAAGACUCAAGAUCGCCUUCCACACAUUCAGCCUUACCAAAAUCCAUACCCGCGCGUGUUACUCCUAUACCAGAAGUGUUGAAGAGUCCACCACUUUCGGCUAGUGAUAUUACUAACCUGUUAAAUGAAACAUCGGAUGAUAACAUGGACAAUAGUCUUUCAGAAAUUGGACAAAGAAGACCAAAAAAACCAGAUUCAUCCCGUUCAGUUAAAUAUGAUACGCCUAUAAUGACUUCAUCAUCAUUAGACUUUGUGCGCAAGAAGUUUGCAUUGAUAGCCAAGCUGGAAGGGUCUGAUAAAAAAAUCCCUUCAUCGACUUUAAAUCGUUCGACAGAUAGUCCAGCAAGCCCGUCGUCUUCUUCGCUGUCCGGAACCCCUACUGAACGCCUGGCUCUUAAAUACAAUCCUCACCCGCGUUCAGAAAGGGAAUGGUCCGUUUCAUCGCAUGAAAGCUAUGGUACUAGCGGUGGAGGGUAUUUUCCCAAGACUAGGGACGCACAUUCAUAUGCAAAUAACAAAUUGCCCACGGUAACAGUUAAUAAUGUAAAUGUUUUGCCUACUAUUAAUUUAAACGAUCCACGUUUGAAGCGAACCAACUCUAUCAUACCAACGCAGAUUUCGCCCACUUUAACAAAAUCUCCCCUUUUGUGUAAUCAAAUUGUAGCAAAGACUAUUCCAAAGCCAUUCGGCGGAUCUCGAAACGAUCCCAGGUUAAACGCAGCUGCUUCGCGAACAUCUUUGGAUCUUCAUUCUCUAGGGUUUUCUAAAACUAGUGAUAUAUCUUAUCAGUGGGAAAAGAAAGAAACGACAUUAGCAACUGGUAAAACAACAACAUCUUCCAAAAAACCCAGCAGCAAACCUUCGGAUUAUAGCUCUGAAGAAAAUUGGGAUUCUGAACCUGAAAUGUCACCAAAAAUUAAAGAAAAGAAACUAGUUAUGAGCGAUAAACAACAUCGAACAUCGCACAAUUCUAUGGAUGCCGAUGAGGAAAAUUGGGAUUCGGAUUCCGAUGCUCUUAAAACGGCAAAAGGGAAAGGUUCUUUCCCGCCAAGGACAAGCGACGGGAGACAACAGAGAUCAAAUCUGGGAGUAAGUAACCAAACGCGGACACAGAUAAAUUCUGUAAAUUAUACUGCGGACAAUCGUGAUUCAGACUCGGAAAUUCUCAAAAUAGCAAAACCUAAAGGUCCUCAAACUGCAAGGCCCAAUAGCUUAACACAACAGCGUUCCCAAAUAUCUGUACAAAACUUUAUGAAAAAGGAUGCGCUUCUACCUACACCCAACAAUCGUUUCAAUGCUGCAUUGAACGAUAAGACGGAGCGCAUGAAAUAUUUGGAAUCAAAGAGGUUUAAGGAUAACGAACCCAAAACUUAUAAGGAAUUUCGCGAAGCUAAAGCAAAAGCUCAAGAAGCGGCUAAAAAGGCUGAAGUUAAUAUAGUAGGGGAAAAAGCAGAUGAGAAGAAAUUGAAAGAGGCGGAUGUAAUCACUCCGCAAAAAAAUCCAACUGAAACAAAUCUCUCAAAAGAAGGCAAAGGAGAAAAAUCAGAUUCGUCAAAGAAAGCUUCAUCUUUAAAUGAUAGUAAAAAGAAAAUUCCAGAAAAAUCUUGCUCGAUUACUGAAACGGCUCUGGAUAAAAUGUAUCGUACUCAGAAUUUUUGCAAUAAGGAAUUCGCUAUUAAUAAAAACAAAUUUAAAAUUCCUAAAAAAAAGAGCGAAGAACCAAUCAGAAAGUCGGAAACGACGGAAUCUGUGCCGUCAGAGAAGGCUAGCGAAAAAGCGACGGGCAAACAGACAAACGUCAUGAUACCAACGGGAGAAGAGAAGAAAGAGGAAACAGGAGAACAAAGUUGCAAGAGUACUGGUCAAAAAUCUCUAAUAAAAGCUCUGUCCAUUAAAACUCCAAAAAUAAUCUUAAAUUCGGUGAAGCGUUCGGAAGAGGUCAAGAAAAAUACAAUCAAAUCGAAAGAAGAUGAUUUGUCUAUGUCUAAAACGUCGAAAAUUAACAACAAUUCUAAAGGAAAAGAUAAAAUAAGUGAAAAUUUUUCACUGCCGGCUUCUACUAAGAUUCCAGAAGGAGAAACCUCUACGCCAAAAAUGAAAGACCAAGAAAUUAACAGCAAGGAAAUUAAUGAAUCGCUCAACGUGACGCAGGACUCAAAGCUUAAAACCGAUGUCGCAAACGAAACUGAAAAUAUUCGAAUUUCUCCAGCAAAGGUCAAGGAGCAAGAGCAUCUACCAACUUCAGAAUCAGACAAGAAAUUAGAAACAGGACAACGGCAUGCAGAUGACGUAGAUGUACACCAAUCGGAAUUUAAAAAGCCAGAAGGUUGCUCAAGCGAAGUUGCUUUAAAUUCUUCUGAUACGACUGUUAACGUAACAUCCAAAGAAAGUGUCAAAUGCUUCGGAGAAGAAUCAACACACUUGUCGCGUUCAGCACUGUUCAAUGCUUCACGCAUUUUACGGAGACGCUCUACAAUGAUUUCUUAUGGUAGUGCGCCGGAGGUCGAUAAGGAGAAACUAAGGGAGUCAAAUUCUUUGCUUUUCGAAGAUGUGCAAGUGCAGCAAUGGCGUAAGGAAAACCUGACAUCACAAUUGAUACGACGUAAUCGUAACCUGGAGGGUAUUUUUCAGAAAACGGAUGACAAUUGUACAGUUUCGACUCAAAAUAUAAUAAGUGGGAAACGACGCACUCGAGCCUCCAUCAAUUUUAACGAGACACAAAACGUUAAAGCAAUUUUUAAUAAAAAACGUGCAACAGGAGUUAUAGAAACUAAAAAGGAUAAUAUAAGCCAAAAAAGUGAAGAAUUCAAAAACUUAAAAGAUGUGAAAACGGGAGGCAGACGUUCGAAGACGUGUACACCUGAUCGACAAAAUUUGGAGAAGGGACAUGGAGAUGCUUUAGAAUAUACAAUUGCUAACAAUAAAGAAGCUUCAACACGAGAGAAUAUUAGAAGUUUAGAAGACGUUAGUAAUAAUGAGAAAGAUCAAUUUAGUAAAAUUAAAAAUAAUCCUAAAGGGAAUAAAACGAAAACGGUGGCAAAUGCAAACAAAGAAGACGUGCAAACUAGAUCUGGUCUUAAUUAUCGCAAGAAAGCGAAUUCAGGAGGAGUAAUUAUUGCUAAAGAAAUUAAAACUGAAAAAGAAACGACACAGCAAUUAAUCGCACCAGGUAACUCUACAGAUAAAGAGCUCGAAAAUCAGAAUAGUGCUGUAUCCAGCACUUCAACGGAACUUCCGUUAAGGGCUGUAGAAAAACAAGAGAAAAAACACUUAAUACCUUGUGGAACUGAACAGCCCGAUGAUAAUGAACCCAGCAGCUCAGGUGCAAAAUCAACUAAUCCUACUCCUACGCCCGUAGACGAUGAAACUAAUCGCCAUGCAUUUCUAAAUGAGUUCGUUCAAGAAAUUUUCAAACCAGACUCUAACAAAGAACACAUUCUUAGUUUGCUCAGGCAAAUUUUGGAUAAAGAUAAAUUUGAGUUCAUUAAAACCGUUAUUGAGUCGGCCAUCAAAAAUCAUGAAGAACACUUGCCACAAACCCUACAAGACGAUUCCAAACCUGAAAAGCAUGAUAAAGACGUUGAUACUCCUGCUGAUUCCAACGUACAACCGAAAACGUUGCCACCAGAAGAAAAAGCCAACAAUGAAUCAGACUGUGAUGAACUAAACGAAUUAGAAGACACAAGUCGAAGAAAAUGCGCGAAAAAAAAACGUAACGAGUUGGAUCGUUUAAACGAUGAUAUUCGAGACAUGUUUAUUAGCAAAGGUGUACUAACGGCCACCGGUAAACGAAUGUGCACUCUAAUGGCUCAAACCAAAGAAAAGAAAAACAUUACAGACGCAAAAAAGAUAUCAAUAAAAGAAGAUGAGCAGAAAAUUUGUCCUGUUAAAGAAACGGAUGUGAAGACUGCCAUAAUCAAAAAAGACAAAAGUAGAAAAUCUAAGAACAUUCAACCUCCUUUGCGGAGAUCAUUGAGACGAUCUAAAAUUCAUCAGGAUAAUGAAACCACUAUAAGCGACGACGAGGUUCAAGUGUUUUCUUGCUUAUGUAGCAGUGACGCAGGGGAUGAAACCAACUCUAGUGCAAUCACUACAACUUCAAUUGUUCAAGAGAAUUCACAAAGUCGAAAAUUGCCCAUAUUGAUACCUAUUAUCAAGUUGCGUGGAGAAGAUGAGACAAUAAUGGAGCAUAUAGAAAAAGAAAGGAAAGACAAGAGAAGCAACGAUUUGAAAAAUCGUAAAUUUCAGGGAAAACUUAGUAAAAGUAAAGGUAAUAAGACUGACGAUAAAACUGCGGACUCCUCAAAGUCAAAUGUGGAAUCGAAGGAAGUUGGAGAUAAUAAUCUAAAUGAAAUGGGGUCCGAAAAAUCUGUUACACUAAGUAAACCCUGUCCAAAAAGUAAAAAGCUGAAUGCGAGUAAGGGACAAAAGAAGGAACGUAAGAGCCAAACGAUAGAUGAAAUUGCAAAAAUAAACCCUGAAGUUGGAAGUAUUGAACUCGUGAAAAACACUAACAUUAAUUGGCAUAAUCAGUCCAAAUAUAUCAACUGGUGUAUGAUUUGUUUGAAAAAGCUUCAAGGCGCUCAUAGCAGUGCGCUCCACUAUAGAUUGCAUCAUUGUGAAAAUUAUGUAUCGCGUUUUGCUCCCAUUAUUCUACAAAAAUUCAAGCAAGGAAAACUAGCGAAACCUUUGUUUGGUAUAAAAAGAACGGAUAAAUCGCCCUCCUGGUUCCAUCGCUGCUCGUUCUGUUUGACGUAUUUCAUAAAUACGAUGGCUACAUGGAUAGCCCAUUAUCAGGAACAUACUGCAGAAUAUAAAUAUGAGUGUUCAAAUUGCUUUAGGGGCAGUCAGAGGAUGACCACCAUUCGUAAACAUGUUGGAAGUUAUAAAUCAUGUAAAGGCGCAAAAGUGCUGAACACUCCACUGAAGUUGACUGAAUCAAAUUGGCUGAAAGCUCAUGUAUGCCACUUAUGUAAUUUUGUGCAACUAAAAAGAAGUAAUCUUGAGCGUCACUAUCUUCUUCAACAUAACUUAAACGAAAAAAAUGUCGACUUGCUUGGCUACACUAUAACGCUUUUAAAUGUCAAGGAGGUAGAGUGCGUAGAUGAACUUGAGGCAGCUGCCAGAGAAGCAGACGCUUGGAAGAAAAUUAAAGCAGAAGAAGAAAUUAUUGACAUUGAUGAUGACAAUAAUUCUGAUGUAGAGAAAUCAUCAAUCCAGGAAUUACAAACACAACAAGACAUAAGUACUGAAAAUAGCCUCAAAGACAAGCAAACAAUUAAAAAACCGAUAGUCUGUGAAACCGAAGUUGAUAACAUCGUGACUGAAACAGCGAUGCAACCGGACAAUACACAAAACUGCCCGAAGGAUGUAAUAAACGCUGCUCCCGAAGUUUUAAAGACAUCCAGGACGGACAAUGAACAGGACUGGCAAGACGAAUUACUAUGUUUAGCAGCUAAGGCAGCCGAAAAUGUGGAAGCAACUAAUAAACAAGAAGAAGUAGAAAUUCAAAAUAAAAAAGAAACAGAAAAAUCGUCAGAUUUACUGGAAACAGCUGCCAAUGUCGGCAUAGGAAAGCAAGACAAAAUGGUGAGCCCAAACACCAAGAGAGUUGAAACAGUAAAUGAAACUGAAGAACCUUUGAAUAUACUGAAAACUAGUGUAACUAUAACAGAUCUUAAUCGAACUAGAUCGGGCAAUAAAAGGCUCUCACCUUCACUUCCAAUAACUAAAGAGCCUAAACCUAAAAUAACUUGUGUUGAAAGCAAAAUAUCAAGUUUACGAUCCUUGGAAUCGUUGGAUGUAAAUCGACCCGAACCUUCCGUAUCGACCGAGCCCAAUGCGUCAAAUGCGGUAACUACGGUACCAUCUCAACAGAGAGCAAUUGACAACGCUUUUGUGACCAGUCGUAAUAGCACAGAUUCUCCUACGAUAGACACUGUUACUCUGGCACAAAGCUUUGUUCAACUAGAUGAUUUAACGUCUCAACCGCCAAGAAACGAGAAACCUACUAUUUGUACUUCUAUAGCAGAACGCAUAAGUCAAAUCUUUAAGAAUAUGAAAGAAACUGAUCAAGUUACUACAUCAACUUGCCAAAUGCGGAGUAUUGAAGUUACUAAAAAGACACCUGAAAUAUUGCCUGAUUUGAGAGCUGAGGUUUCGCCAUCAGAUUCGGCUAUGGUGUCCGGUAAUGAAGAUGAUGAAGACUGGGAGGACAUUGAAAUAACAGAAUCAGCUCCUAGUACCUGUACUUCAGCAGUGCAGUGUACUGCUAGUGGUGGUAAAACAAAAAAUAAAGGUCUAUUUCAAAAAUUUAUAUUCAAAGGAGCCAAGCCCAAAAAGCUUACUCAACCUGUAGUAUAUUUUGGUAAAAAAAAGAGCACUAAGGACAAUAAGGAGACUUUAUCUUUAUCGCAGGCAUGGGCAGUCAAAGAAAAGGAGUCAAUUGUUAUUAAUGCUAGUGGAAGUAGCUGCAAUCUAGGUUUUAAACCGGUUAUCAAUAUUAUAGAUGAUCUUUUGCCUGAUUCUCCGUGCCAUGAUCCCAUUGAAUUAGUCCCCGAGUUGGCUCCGUUAGAACCGUUACAAGAUCUUAACGACAUUUCCUCAAUUUUGGACGCCGAUCUUAGCGGUAAUGAUCAGCCUCUGUGCAUUGAUACAGGCGAUCAUCAAACUAGCAUUGAAGAUGCUUUAGAUUUCAUAAAUGAACAGCAAGCGCAAGAGGAAAAGCAACAGCAACAAGUCACAAUUUCAAGUUCCCAUAAGACAGUGACGAAUCGUAUACAACAUGUUGGCUAUUCGUUGAUGACUAAUGCAGACAGUAAAUUUAAAUUUUAUUGUUUGCUAGAUAAUUGUUCCUUCCUGUUCUCUAAUGAUUCGAUGGGUUUGGAAAAUCACUAUAUGCUGGAACAUGCUGAAACCCGUUGGAGUGGAUAUUGCGCUAUGUGUCAAACCCAGAUUUUAACAGCCAAUGAAGAUCAUCCUAUAAUAAAAGAAAUCCGCCACAUGGUAGAAAAACACGCAAAACUUGUGAAAGAGACUGAGAAAGACUUUUUAGCUAACGGCAACAGCAACAGUAAUAGUGGAGCAAGUGAAGAAAGACCGCGUAUUAAAUUAAGAAGGUUAACUGGGGAUUGUCUGUCGGCGACAAGUUCAGAAAAUUCUCUAAACAUUGUAACUGCGAACGUCACAAAUGUAAACUCACCCACAAAUUCAUUAUUAGGGGCUUUAUUGAAUGCCAAGCCUCGCCCACCGACUAAAGAAAUGCCUGCACCACCUUUGCUACCCAUAACAGAACCUUUGUUAAUGGAUGACUUGCCACCGCUAGAUCCUUUAGUUAACUUGCAGAUAUCCCAAGUCGUUAGCUUAGGGGCACAACAGCAGCAAAAAGGAAUAACUAAUACAGCACCACCACCAUCAUUGCAGACUUCUGCUACUUCUGCCCAGUUGCCAAAAAUUAUGAAUGUUUGCAGUUUAAACACUAAAGCAGGAAGUCUAUGGAGCCAACACAUUGCUAGAGAACGACAAGAUUUGGCUGAGGCUUUGGCGGCUUCCAAAGAAAUGACACAAAUCUUUAUGACGCCAAAUCAAUCUACCAGAAAUCCUGCACCAACUCAUACAAAUGCGACAUCGUCGUCACCAGAACCUAUUGUGGUGUCAGAGACAGUACCAGUAGCCCAAGCUCGAGCGGGCGAUUUUGUAAUAACACAAACCCUAUCCGCUCAAUACGAGGGUCGUCAAACGCAAGAGCCUCAAUUGGGUAUAAAUAUCUCCAUUUCCUCUGCUAAUCUUAAUGCUGAACGAACGCCAGUAUCGCCAUAUUCAGGAACAACCGCAGUGCCACAACAACAGUUGCAACAAGGUUCAAAGCAAUUCAAAUGUAUGGGCAAUGGAUGCAAAUACUUAACGCGAGUCCCUGUGGCUAUGAGUGACCAUCUGCGCUUUCACGAGAAACGAAAUUUAAGUUUGAAGCGUGAGUACUUAAACUGCGGUUUUUGCCAAUAUAAAGCUGACAGCGUGGACAAUUACAUGAAGCACGCCGAAGAAGCGCAUGCCAUCGCCAAAACGGGUGUCAAUGGAAGUAUCACUGGGAUAGGAGAGAAAGAUACUGCCUCUACACUAAGCCGUAAAAUACAAGACAUUUUAGAAACCAAACGAACUCAAAAAAACGCGACUAACAAUAGUAAUAGCACCCAACAUGUCCAACAUACUGCAACUGUAGCCACUGAGAAAUCGUCAUCCGAGAGCGAUGAAGAAAUUUUUUUGAAAAAACUAUCAGAAACUAUAGAAGAAAUAGUCGCGCCUACUGGCCUGUCUGAAAACAAACUUUAUCGCUGCGUACUAAAGGAGUGCUUAACCCCUUUGAGUGAGAGUACCUUUAAUCAACACGUUAUAUAUCACACCAGCACGAAGGGCUAUGCUAAGGAUUUGAAAUACUACUAUAAAUGUCCUCAUUGUCCCGUUCAGUAUCAGCGACCAGCCGGUUUAAAGGCACAUAUUAAAAUACAUGCUCGCAGCCGUUUCUUUUGUUAUUUGUGUGAUCAAACCGCCUCUAAUCCUGGUCAAAUGCUGAGGCAUUUUACCGAAACUCAUUGGCAUACGUUGAAUAUGAAUACCACUCUACUGUUGAACUUCACCUACAAGGAAGGCCAAAAACAGGAGUUAUCAGCCGAAAAUAGUUAUUAUGUGGUAUACACGCAACAAUUGGAAGAACGUGACGUCAAAGAAUUUGGAAAGAAAUUGAUAGCUGAAUGGCAGCGCAAAAAGGCUACGUCAAAAACUCACUUUAAGUCAACAGAAAUUGAUUUGCUACCUAUACAACCAAUAUUUCAGAGAGAAAUAAAUUGUGGUGAGUGUGAGUAUCGUACAAAAGUACGUACCAAUAUGUAUCGACAUCUGCUAAUGCAUAAACAAACUGAGGCUGCGGGAAAAACUGGUGCAGCUAAUAUAGUGAAAGUGGCCAGUGUUGAUCCCGUCAAUCCUGUACCUUGUCUCAAUACCAAUGAGAAAUUUUUUGAUAAGAUGACUAACUUGGCUUCAUCUUCGGUCUUAGCUCCUCAUAGCAAAGAGCCGCAUAGUGCUGCUACCCUCACGAAACCUGUUUACAAAAUGCCAUUUACCUAUGUCAAUGAUUCCAAACGUUACACUUGCGGUGCAUUGAGCUGUAAAUACCUCACACUUUCUGAAGAAAUUUUUCGUUCACAUUUAACUACUUUACAUUGUAAAAUUAUGAUCUAUCGCUGUCCGUUCUGCGAAAAUGAAGUGUGUAAACGUGGACUUUCCGUUGAACGUAUUAUCGCCCAUUUAAAGUUUCAUGGCCCUGAAUUAUAUCGCUGUGAAGAAUGCAAUUACUUGCACUAUUUACGUUUUUUGGUAGAGCGCCACAUUAAUGAGAAACAUGCUACACAAAAGGUGAAUCUUAUCAAACAUGAACGGGUAAAGGUCGGAGAAGCUGAUGGCACCUGCACUUCGACUCUAUAUACUGGGAAGAAGUACAAAGAGACUCUUGAUUUAUCAAGUUCCAACACCAUCGCAAUUCGUCCGCAAAAUGCUGAGUCAUCGCAACCAUCGAUAUCGACGAAAUCUAAACACAAGUGGGUGUGCGAUUUGUGUGACCAUCGAGCAGUAACCUUAAAUCAAAUACAAAGCCAUUGUUCUGCUGAACAUGGCCAAAAGCACCAGUAUCAAUGUGUUCAUUGUACUUUCGGAUCAACGCAAUUGUCACAAAUUUUAUACCACAUUGAUGAAAAGCAUAGUGGUAAGACGAGAGAGGCUCGGUAUAUGUAUCAUAGGGCAGUCAACUCGCAAGGCGAUGAAACUAACGCUGUUGAUACUCGGCCACUGUGGCAACGCAACGAUCCUACACGGGUGCGUCACAUUCGCGGUAUUCUUAUGGAAGAUGAAGAGGAAUCGGAAAGAAAUCGUCGAAGAUUCGUUUCUGCUGAAGAUGAUGAAUUCGAUGACGAUAUUAAUAAUACAUUAGAAGAGGAAGUACUGGUUGAUGGAGGGAGUACAGAGAUUUUGGACAAAUCAUUCAUGAAUUCAUUCGAAUACGGUUGUCUACACUGCAAUUAUAAAACGAAAAAUUUUGCGGAGCUAAAACAGGAACAUUGGUCUCAACAGCAUAACUCUGACGAGACUAAGGCUAAGCCUUUCUAUUUUCGUUUGCUCAGACGUUUUUCUUGUGCAGAGUGCCGUCAAUUUGUUGGCACUCACGAAGAAAUGCGAAUCCAUUUAACAAACGUCCACGGUGCUCGUUAUUGUGCUGCAGAUGUACAGACACGGUGUUCUGAAGACAAAUUGCUAUGUGGCUACUGUUCAUUCUCUUGUAAUACUCCGGAUCAGUUGUACAAGCACCACCAACGUAGAAGUCAUCAACCGCAGGAUUUGCGAAUUGAGCAUGGCUUACAAAUGGCAUAUCUACUAAAAUUAGGAAGCACUGAAAAGUUUCUUCAGUGCUGCAUAUGUAAUGAGAUUUUUGCAAAUCGUACUAUGAUUGUAGCUCAUGCUAGCGAACGUCAUUCGAAAGCAGAGGGUUUCUCAUUCCGUGAGUUAUCAGAGAAGUUGAUUUAUUGUUGCGUGUUUUGUCAAUAUGCUAAUGUCUCUGAGGGCGAAGCUUGUCGUCACAUGAUUGGUCAUUAUGGUCAAUUUAAAUGCUGUCAUUUUUGCCAAGAGCCACAAAAUUCAUUCGAAGUGUACAUGCAACAUUGCUACAGUGAACACCGCGAAGGAAUUCGAAAAUUUAAAGAUAUAUUUCCGUUUAAGGAUAUUAGAAAGUUCUUGCUACAGCUUUAUAUUCUCUUUCCUAAUGGUUUGGUGGUCAAUAAAAGGAAUGUGCUUAAAUGUAAAUAUGGUUCAUUAAAUAUCAUACAUCAAGUUUAUUGCGAUCUGUGUAAGACUUCACAACAACCACCCAUACCGCGACUAUCUUUGGGACGUUUGGUAGCUAAAAUGGAGCAAGAACAAAAACCGGCGGUUGAAUUGCACGCUAAAGCCAUUAAAAAGCGUAGAUGUACAAUAGCAGUGGAUUCUAAUGAGACAGCUAAAUGGCCUAUGUUGAAACCACCCAGCCCAAUACAGCGAACAAUUUCUACAACUAAAUCGAUAGAAGAAACUUUAUCGGCGGUUAAAGAACAACAACCCAAGAAAAUAACGCAAAGACGUUGUACAGUGGCUUUAGGCCAAGAGGAAAAUCCCUGGUCUAUGCAGGCAUCUGCAAGAAAAUCGCCAUUGACAACAGGAAUUUCUACGUUAGAUAAGAACUCUACGUUACAAACUAGGAAAGUUACUAAACGUCGUUGUACAAUAACGAACGAAUGCUGUAUAGACCUCAACUCUGACAAUUCCAACUGUUCUUCCUCAUGCUUAGUAAAAGAAACUCUUGCUACCAAAAAACGCAAACUCUCCGAUGCUACGCAUACACACCCGCCUAACUCGGAUAUGGAGCCAUUCUCAUUUUAUGGCAAGCCAGCGAAUAACGUGGAUUUAUCUAAAAUCUACACGAAAGCCGCUAUAGGUGGCUUAGAUACUCCAAUAACUAUAGAUAAGUUUAAAUUAUUAUUCAAUAUAGAUGCUCGUCUCAUUUUACAUAAAUAUGAUCAAAAUUAUUGUAAUUAUAAGCACGUAACGAAGGCAUGUCCUGCAAAUCAAAAGUUUCGUUAUACAUGAGUUUAGCGUAUGUAUACUUAACCUCAAUUUGUACUUUUGUAAUCUUAAAUUUAUUAAACAUAUGCUUUUGUUUGCUUUCCUUUUUAAGAUAUUUACUCUUAUUUAAUACGAAUUAUCUAUAAAGUAACUAUAAUUGCGUAUAUUAUAUGUACCAUGUUUAUUUACGCCUUCGUAUAUUGUCAGCCACUCGGUGAUUUAAAUACUCUUUCAAUAGUUAUUAAUAAAUUUAUUAUCAUUUCAUACAAAUGAUCGCUCCAAACUGAAAGAUCGAUUUUUGUAAUAGCACCUGUAAACAUGUCUUCUACGUUAGUUGAAGUUACAUACGCAUAACCUCACUUUUUACUUAUAGUUUAGUACUUAUUACUAUUUUCGACUUGUUUAAUAUUAUUUUAUAAAGAAAAUAUUUCAAUUAUCAGAAUUACUUUCCUUUUAUUUCCCUUAAAUUUGAUCAUUUUUUAUAGUUAAAGUAAGGAAUAACCAAACGAAUGAAGUAGAGAUCGGUGAAGCGAAUUUUUGUUAGAAAAUCUUGUGAAUAAAUUUUUAUAAAAAUAUACUAUAUUAAGUGAAAAUCAAUAGAGCGAUAAAAAAAUAACGACAUCAAGCGUUAAAAACGAGUUAAUAAUAAAGUACUUCACGUCCGAAACUCCUGGUACGUGCAAGGACUAUAUGAUAACAUUUACAUACAAUGCGGGCAGAAGGCACCGGCAAUGCUUGGUUUAGACAAAUUGUGGCUGCAUAUAAUUUUCCAAAAAAGAGUUAUCACGGUCUUUAUCCCCGUUGCAAGUUAUACAUAAAAUUUCUUACUUUCAAAAUUUACCUACAAUUUUCAAAUAUCAUGCGUUUUAAACGGAAUCCCUUAUGUAUUUACUUAAUUGCAUAAAAUUAAUAAAGUGGUUUUCGAAAUCUCUAGGAAUACGUUAAGAAAUGAAAAGACUAUGCUUAAAAUAAGCAGAUAGAAAGUGAAAUAAAAAUUUUUUUAUUUUUAUUUGUUUGUUGUAAUGGUCACACGUUCCUGUGCACACAAUUUCAGCUCUUAGUCUAAAUUAUUACGAGAAGUAAUUUUCGCAAUUUUUAGUACUACGAACCAACAAAUUAUAGACUAAACAUUCUCACAAAUAUCUGCAUAGUAAGGGUUGAUGGCUUCACAAUGUAUAUUCGUAUAUAUGAUAUGGAAAUGAAAUAAUCUCUCUGUGGUAAGUGCAAGUAGUAUAAAGUACAGCGCUCUUUAAAAUAAACUAAAACCUAUAAAAUGGAAUUUUUGAACUAUGUUCUGUGUUCCAAUAUAUGCCCACUUUUGCUUGCAAACUUACGGAUCUGCAAGAAAAAUUUUUUCUUAAAAAGGGCGUCUUUUAAAGAAACAAGAUUAGCGCAAUGUAGGAGUUAAGCUCUGCAAGACAUAAUUGUCUGGUGGGGUUUAUUGAUGGUAAUGAUGAGAAAGGCAAAUCAUGACAGCAUCGCAUAAGCAACAUCUGAGAUUUACAGCAAUUGGUUUCUCGAUAUGUGAGACGAUCAACAGUUGAAGUUAAAUCGAGAUGAGCCUUUGUUAAGAGCUAUCAUGGAGCGUUUUGGAUUUUAAAUUAAUCUGUGAUCAACAGAUAAGUGAGUGCACAAGUUUUCUUCAAUCCCACCUUGAAAUUUUGUGAGAACAGACGCUGUUGAGCUGACACAUAAAAUUGUCUCAUAUAUGUCCGGUGAUCCACAGAUUUCCGUCUGACGAUUUCUAGCUUAAAAGGUCGCGACUGUCGAAUUGCUGUGUAACUGGAGGAAAUCCGGAAGGUUUAGGCAGGCCUUUCCUGCUGUGUGCCAGCAGGAAAGCGGUAUUACCCUGGACAUGAUACACAUAUUCACUCUGGAUAGAUUUUGGUCAUAUUCAAAUGAGAAAUAAAUACGUUAAAUGUUCCCCAGUAACUUUUAUUCUAAUUCAAUUAAAAUGACCGAAUUACCGAAGUGUUAAGGCAUUGGCAACAUUUUUAUUUUUUAAAUAAAACGCUAAUGCUUCAUGCCUGCUAUUAGCAUUAGUGAAAUGGGAACAACAGAAAAUGUCAAAAUCCGGCAAAUGAAUACGAAUGUGAGACGAAAAAUUAAUAAUAAAGGAAUUGUAAAGAACUGCAUAAAAAGAGCAACCAUAAAAUGUAAAGUCUGAACAGAAGCAAAAGUAAGCAUCACAAAGUAAAUCGCGUAGAGCAUUAAAUUAAAAAAAAAAAACAUUUAUUUUUAAUUUUUUUUUUUUUUUUCAUUCUCUGCCGAAAUUUAAUAUAACAAUAAGUUCUGAUAAUAACUUCAGCUAUAAAGGUGAGCGGAAGUUUUUACGAUGAUUUUAAUAUAAACAAUA